AUGGAAAUAAGGAAAACGACGGAGAAUGUCUUGGCGAUUGCAGAUGAUGUCAUCGCCUCAUUAGCUAGUGGUUGUGUGGUGGAUGAAGCAAAAUAUGAGCUGCCCUUGAGUAUCUAUGCUCAGACUCCAGUUUUCCGGAAUCAGUUGGAUAAAGGGCUCCAAAAAGAUUUGUAUAGUGUGACAAAGGCAGUUCAGCACUGUCAACAGACAAAAAGUAUUGCAGUCCAGAAUAUAUCGUUAAGCGUCGAUUUGGGUAUGCAAACUGAGUCUUGUGUAGUUUCUUUGGGAGUUCAAACAGAGCCUGAUACGUCUCGUGAUUUUAUUAAAGAAGCUUUUAAAAGGACUACCAAUAUUGUUACUUUAACAUUGGUAAAUACGGAGGAGAUGUGGAGGAAUUUAAUCAACCGUUUAAAUCGUUUAAAUAUGGAAUUUAAAAGAAUAUCAAAUGUUUUGAAUUCUGUUACAAGAUCACGCGAUUUUUUUGAGAAAAAAAUCAAGGAAACUCAAUGCUUUCACAGUAUAUUUUCCUUGCUGCAAAGAGAACUGGAGAGUCGUUGUGGGAUUUCCGAGGAAGAGCAGGAAACACGGUAUACUAUUGCUCUACUUGCAAAUCGUGCCAUUAUUGGAUAUCAUAGAGAGUGUGAAAAAGCUUUUGUAGUAACUCAAAAUGAGUUAAUUGAAAAGUUGGAUGAAAUAGAUAUUUUACAGAAAAAACUUUCUGAACUUAGCGAGGACGACGCCAUUUAUACUGCUUCCAUUAUAUCUGGAGCUUGUCAUGAUGUCACAGAGAAGAAUCUUGCAGAAGAUAUAGAUGAUAACGAGUCUGUUAAUGAAAUGAAAAAGUUAUUAACAGAGUGCUGGGGAGUUUUGGACCAGGAUAUGUAG